AUGACUAACUCCAUCAGAAUGCCAGUAGAGAAGACACCGAAAGAAGAAGAGGACGAGGACGAGGACGAAGAAGAGGAGGAAGGGGUAACGGAAAAGCGUGAAGAUGAGGAGGAAGAGAAGGAGGAAGAAGGGAAAGGGAUAAAUCAAGAGGAAGUGAUGAAAACCAGGGUCCUGAAGAAGAAGCUGCAGGUGACGGAGGGAGAGAAACGAGCUUUGCUGCAAGACUGCGAGGAGGCGAAAGAGAAGAACCGAGACGAGAUGGCGAAGCUCAGGGAGGAGAUAAAGUGUCUCCGAGAUUGUCUGAAGGAAGCCGAAGCUCCUCAAUACGACAAGUUCCUCACAGAAGCCGUCUACGAUGCCCAUCGUCACCUCUUCUCGGCCCUGAGGAAGAUGCCCCUCUCGGAGGCAUCUGCGUUCCUGGAAUCCAAAUUGGCGGAUGCCAAGAAGCUGAACAACCGGCUCUGUCAUGAGAUAGCCGUCCAGGAAGAGAAGCUGGCCCUCUUAUCAGCUGAGAUUGAGAUCACUCAGCAAGAUCUGGAUCGAAUCAACCUGGAACUGGAUGGCUCUCCCGAUGCUGGCAUCGUCCGGAGCUUGGAGAAUCAAUUGUACAAGACUCAGGCGAAGCUGAUCGAGGCCGAGCAUGUUGCGAGGAAGUACGAGUCCAUCCAGUCCUUACUGAUCGAGGCCAGGGGGUCUUACCCGAACGAGUUGGAAUCCCUCAAGAAGCAGGUGAUUAAGACAAAAGAAAAAGAAUCGUGUCCAUCGUACAAUUCCAUUUUCUUUCUCUCUGCUACCCUGGUUUCCGCUCAAAAUGAAGCUGCGGAGGUGUUCUUGCAGGUGAAAGAAGGAGAGAUAGAUUUCAUUCGGAUGGAGGCAUCGUAUGAGAAUGCGAUCGCAUCAAGAGACAGCAUGCGAGAGACCUUGACCGCUUUCGAGCAGAAGGUGGCAGCUGCGAAGGAGGCCAGGGAUCAGCAUCUCGUGCACAUCAGGCAGCAGGUGGAGGAAUGGCAGGCCCAGAGCUCACCAGGUCCCGACGCGUAUCGCCACCUCACGCCGUUACCGUCCCCGAAUCCGUUUCUGUCGAAAGAAAGCCCAGACACCGAUACCUUUCGUUUCCCCGGCUCAGGUGAAGACAAAGAUCAGGAGGAAAAUCUGAAAAGAAUUCUCCUGGAUCUCAAAGAUGCGCUUGGCGUUUCCGACAUUCACGGAUUGCGGGAAAGAUGCCGCGAGCAGCGAUCCCGGGAGCUUCGGCUUCUCGAGUGCAAGGACGACACCUUGAAAGAAGUGGAGAAUCUGAAGGAGAUGAAGCACAGCCUGAGUUUGGAAAGAGACCGGCUCUGGUUUCGAGAGACGGAGCUGGACAAGGAGUUAGCCGAGCAUUUAUUGGAAGGGCAUCAGCUGAUCAGUGCAGAGCGUCAGAAGGCCGAGGAUCACAAUCAGACCAUCGAUCACCUGAUGAGCACCGUGGCUCAGGUCCAACAUGCGCUCGUCCACCUUCUAGAAUCACUUCAGGUAGUGGAAACUCCUGAGUCGGCAAUGAUCGUGACCCUGGAAACUGAUCCCUGGAAGAUGCCAGAAGUCCUAGACUUCACUCGCCUCAAAGUCAAAGUCCUCAAGGACAGCCUUCGAGAUGUCGACUUCAAGGACGCCCUCCAGGACCUCCAGGAUGCGGAAUUCGCAUCGACGGGGGCCAGUAGCCAGUCUCAGUGGAAUUCCCGAUUGGGUUCGCUGAGGGAAGGAGGCUCGGGUGAAGGAGGAGGGAGUUCAGAGGACGAAGGGGAGGAGACAAAUGCCCCUUCGAGGACCAACCUCAAGAAGCAAGCGAAGAAAAUCCUGGACUUGAACCGGACUGCUGCCGCCCAGAGGCCGCUUGGAGAUAAGCCUUCCACUGCGAAAUCCCGCAGAUGA